GAGAGAGAGAUUGAUUGGCAUGAAGUCCUUUCUUCUACUCUAAUCAUGAAUACAAUCUCUCCAGACGAAGGACGAAAACUCCUUUUCAUCUGUUGAUUGUGAAGCUCCACUUGACUUUCAGUUGCUUUGUCGUGGGUUCAAAGCCAUUAACUUCCUCCUAACAACCUCAACGCACACUUUCUCUCUCUAUAUCAUAAAUACUCACAUUCUCUUUCUCUCUCUAACCAGUAGAUUAAUGUUUGUUCACCAUGACAAUAAUAUUAUGAUUCAUGGCCUUGAUGUCUCUCUUGGAGGGUCGCCGCUCUUUUGCUGGACCUCGUCGCAGUGUAGAUGCUGAUUCUUAUGCAAAUGGAAGAAUUUUACCACGUCCUCCAUCCUCUCCACUGGGAAAUAGGAAACAAGAAGGGCAACAGAAGAGAGUGGAACUAGAUCAAGAGGUGGAAAAAUUGCGCAAAAUAUUAGAUCAUGAAGAGAAGGUGCACAAGGUUUUGCAGGAUGCCUUUAGACAUGAGCCUGGGAACCAUUUUCCCCUUCCAAGGUUUCUUCCACCACAGGUAAAGCAACUCUUGGAUGAACUCACAAUGGUGGAGGAGGAAAUUAUUCGACUAGAGACCGAGCUAAACACACUUCGCCAAGAUCUGCAUCAAGGAAAUAGAAAUCUCACCAAGUUUAAGUCCCAAGAAUUUCAACCUCAACAUCAACAACAAGAACAACAAAGACCCAAAAGUCAAGGUGGGCAUAGCAGGCAUGGCUCACUAGAUUGUAGCACAGAGAUAAGGACUAUGCUUUUUAUAAGUAGAGCCAUAAAUGGCAGUUGUGUGAUCCCUGCAAGGAAUUCAAAAACCGAGGUUCCUAAAAAAACGCAGACUCUAAGGGACACUAAGAAGGCCAAUGUCCGCAAGAGCCUUCAAUCUAAGUUACCUCCAAGAUACCCCAAGAUAUAGAAUGUCCUGAAUUCCCUGGUUCCUAAACAUUUUUGUGAAUUAUUGUUUAUUAGUUUGGGUAAAACUUUUGUAACAAAUUUUCGGCUAUGUGGAAAUAUGUCUUAAAUUU